UGGGCGCUCAUCUCCUCGCUCCUGGCGGCAUGGUUCGUGUUCGCCACCUGUUGCGCCCGCGGCGUCGCCGACUGCUAGCCCGAGGCCCGGGCUUUUUUAGGGCUCCCUCCCGGCUUCUCGUGCCUAGGGCGCACCCACACACCAUGUUCUAUGGCGCAGCGGUGUGGGAUCCGUGGCUCAUUGUGUCGCAGAUCGUCUGCAUCCAGUGCCUGAGCUAUGUCAGCCUUGGCGCGCUGCUGUGGGCAUUCGUGGGAGUCCAGGUACCGAGGUUUACGCUCCACUUCUUCUUCGACCACACGCUGCUCUCCUUCUCCUCCGCCACCGGCUGGUGCCUCAUCUCGGCCUUCAUCCUCAACUCGCUCCUAGUAGCUGCCUACCUGUUCGUGCUGGUGGAGAGGGCCAAAAAGUGCCUGGAUUUCUCGGCCACUGUCUACAUUAUUCACUUGGUCUUGAGCUCCAUCUACGGGGGAUUCCCGCUAACUGUGACGUGGUGGUUGCUCAUGGGGACGUGCUUGGCCGUCACUGCCCUCCUUGGCGAGUGGCUCUGCCUCAGGCGCGAAUUGAGGGACAUCCCCAUUAGAACGGCGCGUGCAACUGUUUAGCAACGAGACGGAAGACCUCCAUUCUUUUCCCACCACAACGACAGGCGCGUGUAAACUACUACCUAGGUAGCCAGAGACACUUCGAUUCAGUAGAUGGCGGCGGC